AUGUCAUUCGUCAGACCCGCUACUGCUUCUAUGAGACUCGCUGCAGCUCCACGAGCUGUCAUGCGACCUCGAGCUCUCCCUAAACGGGUGACUCCCAUCCCUUCAACGGCCUCGAGAGGAUUCAGACGAACCUACGCUACCACCCCUUCUGCACCUGAACCAUCAACCACUCAUAACACCCUCCUCUUCGCUGUACUCGCUGCUGUACUUGGUGUUGGAGUAGGAGGAUACUUCUACCUCAAACCGGUCAGAGACGUCGCUGCUAUUGCUCAUGAGGGAGUGAAGAGCGCUAAGGAGAACGCUUCUCAGCUUUCUACUGGUCUCUCAACAUACGCCCAAGCCGUCCUCCCACCAGGAGCCUUCGCCUUAUACCAGGCUCUUGACAAACAGGAAGGUGGUAUCGCCGGUUUCCUAUCCAAACUCAAGGGUAAAGAUCUCGAUGGGGCUUUGGACGAAUUGAAGAAUGUUGGAGGAGACGACGCCAAAAAGGUGAUCGAGAAAAUCCAACAGAAAGUCAAAGAUGCUAAAGGAAAAGUCGAAAAUGUCGAUUGGAAAUCUCUCGCUACCGAGCUCAAAGAUGAUUUACCUGCUUCUGCCCAAGGGUUGAUCGCUGUCAUUGCUGGAAAGAUCCCUGAUAAUAUCAAAGACCUUGAUUUCGACUUCGAUAGUUUGAUUAAGAAGGCUAAAGAAGUUGGUGGAGAUCAAUUGAAACAGGUUGAAGAGAGUGCUAGCAAAGUUUACAAGGAGGUGGAGAAAGCUAGGAAGGAAGGUAAAGAUCAAGCGGAUGCUUUCUUAAAGGGACUCAAGGAAGCCGCCCCUGCCGAUGUUGACUCCCUUAUCAAACAGCUCAAAGAAGCUGCCAGCAAAGCUGGUUUGCCCGCUGAUACUGCCGAAGCAUGGUUGAAGAGCAAAGCCAAAGAUGGCAAAGUUGAUGCUGAGGCUUUGGCCAAACAAGUUGAAUCCCGACUCAAGGACGCCGCUCAAUAUAUCCCUGGAGAACCUAAGGACUUGAUCAAGCAGGUCGAACAAGUUUCACCUUCCUUGGCUAAAUUGUUACAGCAGGCUUUACAACAGGCCGACGUGAUUGAUGAGAAAGGUAACAAGAAGAAGCAAUAA